AUGACUUGCCCUUCGACUUGGAUAUUUAUUCGUCACAGCAAAUCUCCCAGGCCCGCAGAUCCCAGUCCCGAAGCCGACCAGAAGCGGGUGCUCGGCGAAGAAGGCCGGUUGCUUGCCACUAAGGCUCGUUCUAAUUACUUCGUAGAGUUUAUGGAUGAUGCACCAAAGCCUGUCGCUUUCGUAUCGUCUCCUGCGGCCCGUUGCUUACAAACAGCCGAUGCUAUGCUCGGUGGGAAAGGCGAGUUCGAAGGGGAUAAAAAGGACAACAGAGCCACUAUCGAGGAUACUGAAUUCAUACUCUGCCCUUACAUUUGGGAGGGUGUUGUUCAAGCUGAGGACUUCGAUGGUCUUUUCAAAAAAAUCGGCUACGCUCCGCUCAAGGAGUACCGCAAAACACCUGAGUCUAAGGCGAUUGUAGACAACUACGGUGAGGUUGCUGUUGGAAAGAUCUGCGAGAUUCUCCCAGAGGAAACAGAAACUGUUGUUGUCUUUGGCCACGCGAUGGGACUAGCAGCGAUGGCUCUUCAGCUCGUUGGUGGAUCUUGCCAAGAACUCGAGGACCUUGUCCAGGGGGAGGCCUGUGGGCUCACUGUCCGCAACGGCAAGUUUGCUGGUCAGCUUCUUGCCGACCCGUCACAGUAG